AUGGACCUCUUCAUUGUGUUAGUAGCCUAUCAUUACGACGAAAUUCGACGUCAGUGGGACAUUGAAUUCCAGGAUACGAAUAGCCAUGUGCUUGUCACUGGCAGCAUUCACAAUCCUUUUGGGGAUACCGAGAAAGAAGAGCUUCGAUGGUAUCUGGAAGAUUUUGCGUUCAAAAAUCCUUACGCGAAGCGCCGUGCCACGACGGUGGAACAAAGUCUGCUUCGUUAUCAAGCAGAGCUCUUUGCCUCAGUAGAUCCCUUGCUUACAUGGGCUGUCGGCCAGACUAUUGGUGAGGUUUCUUUGACUGAAGUUGAGAGCAUCCGACUGUGCAUUCGAGAUGACAGCGAAGCCAAUAGUGUUCAAUCUCUGCAUUGGGAGUGCUUGGAAGACAAUAAAACGUGGAUGGAAAAUAUGCCUCCGAUUUACAUCUCACGUCAAAAUGGUGGCAAAAAACAACUGAACGAACUACCAGUCGAAAACACCAUUAAAUCCUCUUGCAACAUAUUUUUUUUUUCUUCACGAGUAUCGACAACAGAUCUGCCUUAUCGAGUGCUUUCGAAACCAAUCUGGGAAUUCAUCAACAGCCACGAGAAACUGCGCUCUCAUAUCAAAAUUUAUUUUGCAAGGCCCGGGACUUGGGAUCAAGUCAAAGUGGUCCUGCGUCAGGAUCCGAAGGGUUUCUUCUCCAUGGUACACUUUGAUACACAUGGGAAAGUCUACAAGCGCAAGUAUGUCUCUUCCCACAUCGCCAUUUCAAAUUUGUACUAACGCUCACAGUGCUGGUCUCUUUUUCUCAUCUCCUAACAAACAAGAUGAAAAGGGUGUUCAUAUCAAAGCACAAGAGAUCGGAAAAGAGCUCUUGAAAUCCGGAGUGGAGAUUGUUAUAUUAAAUGCUUGCAACACAGGGACUGUUACGUCACAUAAGCUGAGCAAUUUUGCAAUGACCUUGCUCGAGGCUGGUGUUCCCAACGUUGUCGCUAUGUCUUUUGCGUUAACGACAGAGGCAGCGACACUGUUCAUGCUAAACCUCUACGAGAACCUCUUCCUACAUGGCAAAGACCUACAAAUGUGUGUUGCUCAAGGCCGUCAAAAGCUCAAAGACAACCGCCACAGAAGAUCGCGCUUUGCUGUUGGUGUCGAUUUAGAUGACAGUGUUAUUCCUGUACUAUAUCAAAGACACGGCGCUCUGAUUCGCUAGAUUACGCCCACCGUCUCAAUGAGUGAAUCAGUGGUUGGGACGGUUUCAACUGCACUUGAAGUACCACUUCCCAGUGUUUUGAUCGGCCGCGACAUGAAAAUGCUAUCCCUGGAGCUCGAUUUUACAGACGUGGGAGCUGUAAUUAUGACAGGUUCUGCUGGCAUUGGUAAAACGGCACUCAGCAGAUAUUUGGGAGAUUGGUGGGUCCAUUCCAAAUUCUUCAGAGGCUAUGUCGAGAUCCACUUUCGAGAUUUGGAAGAUUAUUCAGACGAAAAAGCACUAUAUGAGUGGCUCUCAAUGAAAGCCGGUAUCAAGAGCGAAUCUUUCGAUCAAUCCAGGGAAGCACUGCAUCAAGCUCGAGUUCUUGUAGUAGUCGAAAGCAUACCAUCCUUCCUCUCGGAUUCUGUUUCAGAAAGUGGGGGCUCUACACUUCGUUCUCUCAACCUUAUUUGUGGCUUGUGUGAAGACUUCAGUGCUCUAAAAGGCCAUGCCUCAAGUCGACUCCUGCUGAUAUCCCGACGACUACCAGAACCCUUGGGCAACGCGCCACUGAAGCAUAUUAUUCUUGAACCUCUGGCAAUCGAUUUUGCUAUGGAAAUGAGCCGUCAGUGUAUUUCUGACUGUGGAGCUACAUUUGAAGAAAACCAAGCGUCGGUACAGAGCUUGAGACGGAUUUUGGAAGAACACGACAGCAAUUGCCUUUUCAUCGAAACUUUCAUACCGCUUCUUUCCUUGAAAGACUGUUCAAUGAAAAGUCUAUAUGAUAGUCUCAAACUCGACCUGCUACUUGGCUGUACGGAUUCUCUUUGUUCCAGAUUCGAGCCCUCUGAAAUGACCCGUCAACCACAGUUGUUCAAACAGUUUCUCUCAAUCACAAAGGAAAUUCAAGAGGAAAGACCUCUGGCAUACGCUAUGCUAUUGUGCCUUGCAUCCUUUCAGCACGCUCUGCCUUCAAGUGCCAGACAAGCAAUUCUGGCUGAGGUUCAUAGUGCUUGGCUUCGCUGGUCUUGCAGUGAGAGAUUUGGAGAAGGAGAUUCUGCAAGAUACGCAGAGUUUGACCUCAAUGACGAUCAAUUGCAAGAAGAAUAUCGAUAUCUCAUGGAAAAGUUGGAAGCCGUUGAUCUGGUAUCACCACUCAAUUUAGGUGCAAACAUGCGGGAGAUACACGUUUGUCUGCCAUAUCUUAUACGAUUCCAAGCAUUGAAAAUAUAUCCUGAGUCGAUCUUCAUACUUCCAAAUACUGCUAAACAGCUUUUCUGGAAAUAUUGGGAGAAUGUGCUGCGCGAUUUUGAACCUGAAAAUGGUCCAGAUCAGGUGUUCGGAGAAAGGAGAACCAACGUACAUAAUGCUUUGAGGUUAGCAUUGCAGCAACCAACUUUUGGUGAGGGUGUUUUGAGCCUUGUGAUGUACCUGCUCAUGGAUAUAGAGCACAUGAUAACCACUGCAGAGUCAGACUAUCAUGAGCUUCUGUCCUUCGUUCUUUUGAAGUUUGAGGAACUCUUUCAGAAGCUGGAUACCCAAUCUUCGUCUCUCAGGAUGGAGGUCAAAGAUGCCUCGCAUGAAAUCAAAGAAGAGCUAUUCAUGCAAGCAUUUUUCAUAUUCUAUCUUCGUGGCUGGAGUAUAUUACAAUUGAGCCGUCAAACUAUGGAUUUGGCGAGCAAGGAGGGGAUGGUAGCAAAUUCUCAUGAGAACGUGCUAAGAGCAAAAGUACUUUGGAGCAUAGGCGUUAAGUACGACUACAUCAGCCCUACUUCCGAAACAGUUUAUCAAGUGAUAGGCUGGCAGGACCUCAAAAUCAGUCAACUCCCAGUUGAAGAGAGGUAUCUGGCAUUCCAGAAGCAAGUUGUACAGAAGCCCAUCGAGGGCUCAUUGGAGUUUUCAGUGGAUUUUCAUACAAAAGGCAAGAUGUUCCUUCUGGGGAAUUAUAUACAGGACGUGGAGUUACAACAGCAUACAGGAGGGCUGCCUAUGGAUAUGGCCCAGUCAUUGAUUUCUACGAUGAACAUGGAAAAUCUCCCAUCCAUCGUUUCAAAUGGCUUGUUACAGUGGCUGACUGGUCAGAUUUCAGAUGGGUCAGCAUUUCUUCCGGUGAUUAAGGCUGCCUCUAGUGUGGACAAUAUUUUCUCUGGCUCCUCGAAGAUUCUGAGUGCAGCAGCUGGCGACUCGACUAAUCCACAAAAACGGUUGAUGAUGGAGAUGGACAAAGCCAAAGAAGCUGGCGAUGUUGAUCUGGAGGUUAAUUGUUUGAAAGGCAUAUUCAGCUUUGCUGUUGGCAGCAACGACUAUCUUUCAGCACUUGACUGCCACCAACAUAUACUAAAAUUGAAAGAAGUGGAAACAAAAGACUCUGCUCCUGUAACAAGCAACACGAUUGAGGUUGGUGCUGGUCAACGAGAAUACCAAUUGAGUCUCAUUCUGGAUGGUGGCGAAGAAGAUCCCGACAGAAAGCAAAAGUCCAAAGAUCACCUGGAAACAGCAGUAAAACUCUUACGAGAGGAAGGCUCAUCGCCAUUCUAUCUGAAUGCCACGUUAUCAUGCUUGGGUAGCAAUGCAUGGAAAGAGCAGAAUUUCUCUACCGCAAUCGCCUACUACAUGUAG